AUGGCCUUUUCUAUGUUCCUACGCACACCAGGUUUUACAAGCCGAUUGCUUUCACAGCAGUUAACAAAAUUAGGAACACAACCAGUCCUAAAGCCUGUAUUAGCUCAACGCACUUUAUCUAAUGCAAACACAAUGCUAAAGACCGAAGCUACUCCAAUUUUGAACUCGGUCCGUUCAUUCCGUACAUCUCUAGUACGACUAUCAAGUGAAAAGGCCCAUGAUCACUCUAAGCUGUGGGUAGUGGAGAGAAUAACCAGUGUAUUAUUAGUGCCCAUGAUACCUUUGGCUUUAAUUGCACCCAAUAAGGUCUUUGACUCUGUUCUUGCUGUACUAGUGGUAGCCCAUAGUUUCUGGGGAUUAGAAGCGAUUGCAGUAGACUAUGUCCGAGCAAGCAUUUUUGGACCUGUCAUCCCUAAACUUGCCAUUGGUCUUGUAUACCUCAUCUCUAUUGCAACUCUUGGUGGCCUUUUCUACGUUAUUACCCAUGAUAUCGGAGUAGCUAAUUCUAUCAAACAAUUCUGGUCCAUAAAAGCCGGACAAAAGGCA